AUGGCCCGCCUCGAGCAGUAUUGCAGGGACCACGACGACUGCGGGGCCGACAGGGACGGCGACCGCUGUUGGCGCGUGCGCGACAACGACGCCGGGCCCGUGCUGUUCCCGCCGCUGGCGUUUCACUUCGGAGGCGGCGUGCAUAUCAGCUGGAUGCCGCAGCAGUACCUGCACCAGUCCGGCGAGGAAGCGCGCUGGUGCCGGACUUUCAUGCAGAAUUCCAUCCCCCAGACCGUGCUUGGCAUCUCCGUCAUGCUCCACAAGGACUUCAUCUUCGACAUCGGCAACGGCCGGCUGGGCGUGGCCGACGCGGCGUGCCCGGAGUACUACGAGGAGCCCACCGACGGCGACCAG